CACUGUCAAUUCGAGAGCUGCGAAGUGUACGCUCGCGUCUAUUACGUAGUGUGUUUGUAGUGAAGUGUGUUUUGUGAAGAAUUUUCGAAUGUCGUGAAGUGAAAUAUAGAGUUGUUUUUCCUCAAAAAGUGCAUAUUGUGUGAUUGGCGUUAUGUUUAUUGUUUAAUUUAAUAGUGUUAAAAUCAAAAUGUGUAUAGCACCGUGGUGUGCAAAAUUGAUUUUUGCCACGUAGUGACGCGAACGGGUAAUGAUUCCUAAUGUGGAGUUCGAAGCAAGAUGGUUAGAGAGACUCGGCACCUGUGGGUUGGAAAUUUACCCGAUAACAUACGUGAAGAUCGAAUAAGAGAACACUUUAAACGCUAUGGCCGAGUCCAAAAUGUCAAGUUAUUGGGUAGAAUGGAAAACGCGAACGCAGGUGCAAACGGAACGACUAUUUCCGGUUUUUGCGCCACGGUCGCCUUUAUGGACAUCAAGUCUGCUUCGAAGGCGCAUAACGCGGAACACGUACUGGACGAGAGGACGCUCACCACGGAGUAUUACGAGCCCGCAGCGAUACCAUCGGCCGCGGGCGCGCCCUCGGCGGGCUCCUCUCCCGCCGGCUCCGGCUACUCGGGCUCCUCGUCCUCCGUGAACUCGGCACCCGCGCCCGCUGCCAUCGCACGCUUCCACUUAUCGGGAGAAGAGAGCGCAGGCAAUGCGUGUGCCAUGGCCGCGUCAGCGGCGGCGCCGGCAACGUGGCGCGGCACCAACGAUAGCGCUUCCGAGUUCUGUCGCCGCGGCACCACGCCUACAACCUAUGGCCGCUACCAGCGGAGUAACAACGCCGCGCCCGCAUACGCCACACCACCCUCCAACGUCGAAAGAACUACUCCACAUCAUCGUUGGUACGCGAGUGGGGAUCGGCCCACGAGCGGUGGCGCAGCGGGCGCGGGUGGUGCAGUCGGAGGCGCGGGCGGCGGCGAGAGCACACCGAGUACGCCGGGCGGCGCCACGGAGGGAGGCCGACGGCGGCGGCGCUCCGGUUCGGGCUCGUCACGUUCCGACACCAGUUCGCCGGAGCCCAGCGAUACUUCGCGCGCCUCCACGCCCGCCGCGCCGCCGCUCGACCGUCACCCGGCCGCGAGGCGCACGCCGCCCACCACCCAUCUGCACCAGUGGGCGUCGACAGCGAACGGACGUCCGCUUGCGAUCUGCGUGCGUAACCUGCCGUCGCGCUCCACCGACAGUUCGCUCAAAGACGGCCUCUACCACGAGUACAAGAAGCACGGCAAGGUGGUCUGGGUGAAGGUGGUCGGUCAAAAUGCAGACCGGUAUGCAGUGGUGCGAUUUAAGAAGCCGUCCGACGUGGACAAGGCGCUCGAGGUGUCGCAGGACAAAUUAUUUUUUGGGUGCAAGAUAUCCGUGGCGCCACACCAGGACUGCGACGAGGACGCCGAAUCUGCCAAACCUUACGAGACUGAUAUUGAUGAAUACCAUCCUAAGGCCACAAGGACUUUGUUUAUUGGCAACUUGGAAAAAGAUGUAACACAACAACAGUUAAGAGAUAAAUUCAAGCACUACGGGCGGAUCAUUGAAAUCGACAUAAAGAAAGGAAGCGGCGGGGGCGCGGGCUAUGCUUUUUGUCAAUACCAGUCGAUAUCCAGCGUGGUGGAGGCGAUACGCGCCAUGGACGGCGAGUACGUUGGCGGGUCGCGCGUAAAGCUCGGUUUCGGGAAGCCCGUCGCCACCACUUGCGUCUGGGUCGACGGACUCACGGAGCACACUGAAAAACAGGUGCUGAGCGCGGUGUCGCGGUGCGGCGCGGCGACGUCGGUGUGCGUGGACCGCGCGGCGGGCGCGGCGCUGGUGCACUUCGAGCAGGCGGCGGCGGCGGGCGCGGCGGUGCGCGAGCUGCGCCGCGUGGCCGCGCUCGCCUCCGCCGCCGAGCCCGACCACCCGCGCCUCGCCGUCGACUACGCUUCGCGCGAGUGCCAGGAGGCUUUCUAUGAACAACUGGAGAAACAUGGUGGUUCGGCGACCAUGCCUGGGUCCGAAAGAUUGGCGGGUGAUCUCAGUACGCGCUACUUGCCCUCUACUAGGCAUGAACAACUCAGGUAUGAUGGGGCCAGAACGCGGACUCCAAGUUUUAGUCGAGCGUCUUCACGGACUCCUCGCUAUCCUACACAUGAACAUUAUGAUCCUGCUGAGUAUGCGGCCGAUAGGCGGUACAGGGUAUAUGAAGAACUAGGGUCGAGUCCGCAGACUGAUGAAACGCCAUACGAGGAUCGCUUGCAGUCAGUUGUGGUUUCACCUCAUCGGACACACAGGCAUAGGCGAGAUUCGAGCCCUGAAGAUAGAAAACAUUCAAAGGAGCGGCAUAGAAGUGCCGGUGGAAGCUCUCGGCGGUCGCGAUCAGGGUCUCGCGGCGGGUCGGCGCACGGCUCUCGAAGACGUCAUCGCCGGAAAAGAGAAGGGUCAGAAUCCAAGGGCUCCCGCGCUGGCACACCGCUCCGCGACGAGCCUGGUCCGCAGCCUGGUCCACAGCCUGGUCCGCAGCCUGGUCCGCAGCCUGGUCCGCAGCCUAGUCCGCAGCCUUCCGAGCCGCGCCGGCCUCGAGAACGUCCACCGCUGCCAAUGAGCUUGCCGUUACCCAAAUUUGCCGCUCAGCUUCUUCGUACGGUGCCUCCCGCCCCGCGCCCUCCUCAAGCAUCCGCACCGGACUCACCGCCGCGACCGCCUUCCGCCUCCUCCUCCAGUACCGGUUCAGCACCACACUCACCCUCGCUGGAGGAACGUAUUCGCAGUCUUGACGAGAAGUACGAAAAGUGGAGCGGGUCACGAGCUCUUGCAGAUGCACCCGAUCGCGCUCGUCUUCGCCAUAGACUACUCGAGGUCGAUAUAAAUGAAGUCAAACCAUCGGAGGUUGUGCGAUCAUUGCUUGCUAAGCGAUCGGUGUUCGAUGAAGACUCGGAGCGGUUAGAAGGGGCAACGCGACCUCCGAGCCCGAGCGGGAGUCCUCAUGCGCGACCAUCUCCGUGUGUUUCUCGUGCCCUUCGAUAUCCUUUUCCGACCCAUCCUCCGCAUUUGCCACUAGUACCACCGGUGACAUCAUCUGGCUCGACAUCUUGUUCCGUCCCUUUAGCGAUGUCUACUAACGUACCGCCAUUGCCACCGUAUCCGCCGCCACUCGAAUGCGAAAUAGAGCCUUCGGACAAGCCUUCAGACAAGUCUUCGGACAAGCCUUCAGAUAAGUCUUCAGACAGGCCUGCGGACCCCCGCCUGAAUAGACCAGAAAAACCCUUCAGAUUAGAAAGACUAGGAAAGUUUAAUGAGAGUGAUUAUAGAGCCGAUACACGAGUCCGCUUAAGAACACCUUCUGUUGAUAAACAGCAGAACGAAUUACUCGAGCACAAGACCUCACCUGGAUCUGACAAAGAUCGAACGGAGCCGGAUAAAGAAUGUAAGCGCGAAGACGAGUGCCGAAAGCGAGAUUUAUGUCUCAUUGGACGAGAACAGGAAACAAAGCCGUUUACUAAAGAUGUGUUCAAAGACUGUUUUGAUAAGAUUGACUCCGUUGUUCAAAAUAGAGAAAGUAUUCCAAACCAAGAUAUGGUCGAAAAUAUAAAAAAGAUUGAGGUACAAUAUUCACUCAGUUCUAUUAAAACCGAAAAAAUCUCCAAUCACAUUAAACUUUCUUCUGAAAAUGAUAGUAUGGUUAAUUGCAACCAUAUUGAAUCGGAAGAAAAACGAGUUAAUGAAGAUUUCUUAAUAUUAGACGACUCAUUUUCUAUCAAACAAAACUCCGAAGAAGACUUCUUUUUUAAACGUGGACAUCAUAUAAAAUUAGAAACACCUAAAGAUAAUGCAAAAGGAAAAAAUAAUUGCGAAAAGUUAGAAACACCUAAAGAUAAUACAAAAGGAAAAUUUAACUGUGAAAAUAAAUUAGACAAUUGUUCUCAGAUUUUAAACAAUGUCGAUGUGAAAAAUCAUAUAGAAAAAGAACCUCAAUUAUCAAAUCAUAUGAAUACAGUAAAUUAUGUAGAUGCCAAUAGAAUUAAUGAUAUACAAUUGGACAUUAAAUGUAAUGAAAAAGACGGAGAAAAAUCAAUUUCAAAUUUGUUUGAUGUUUUUAGUGAUCAAAAAUUGGAUAAAGGUAAUGAAGAAUUGAAUCAUUCUGAACCAAGAUUUGAUGUUAUAUUAAAUACGAUGGAUAAAAAGCUUGGCGAGUCAAAAACUCUUCAAGAUACUAAUCGAAGCGAUCAUGAAAAGUCAAAAAAUUGCAAAGAUCGCGCCGAAAAGGACAAGCAUGAUUUAGACAAAGAAAAGAUGAAGAAAAGCAAUAAAGCAGAAAAGCAUGAUCUAGAUAGAAAAAUAAGGGAAGAAUCGAGCAACCACAAAACACAUUCUGAAAGGUUGGAUAAAACUAAAGCGGAAAAAGAUACGGGGGAGAAAUAUGAAAAAGAUAGUGAAAGAGCUAAGCAUAGUGAGGAUAAAUUACAUCACGAAAACCAUACCAACCAUAAAAAAGACAAGGGAGAUAGGGAAAGGAAAAAGGAAACCGUCGAAAGUGAGGUCAAUAAAUCAAAAAGAGAAGACAAAUAUAAAUCAGAACGACUGAAAAAAGACAAUUUGGACACCAAACGAGAUCAUGCUAAAAAGGAACAUGAUUCAAAAAGUAGCAAAUCUAGGGAUGAUAGUUCUAGGGACCUAUGUCGUAAAGAUUCUACUGAUUCGUCCACAUCGAGGGCGUCUCAUGACUCCUCGAAAACAAAAGAUUUAGAUAACAACGAGUCAAAAGAAGAAUUGAAGGUGAAAACUAAACCAUGCAGCGAUCAUUUAACAAAAUACAAUUAUGAAAAAGACUCAAUGCAAAAAUCCAAUGAUUGCAAAGUUGAUAGUAAACAUAAAGUGGUGAAGUAUGAUGUAAAAGAGAAUAAACUUUGUUCUGAUGGUCAUUUUAAAAACAAAAUUGAAAAUAUGGAUCACAAUACUAAAAACAAAACUGAUCCAAGUGAAAAACAAAGACACUACUCUCUUGACUCCCCCGGUGUCGAUUGUAAACGCAAAGAACGUUUAAAUUCUUGUUCAAGUUUACCUCCAAACAUAGGUAAUAAAAGACGAUUGUCUUCGCAGGACAGCUUUGAUUGUCUGGAAGAUGUUAAAAAGUGUAAAAGUGACACGAAGUGUCUCGAAAGAAGAGACUCUAAAGAUCGCGGUGCUGAUAGACAUAAAACGACAAAAUUCAAUAGAGGACAUUUUGCAAAACUUAUAGAAAGCAAAACCAAAGAUGAUAAGAAAAAUCUUGUGAAGCCACCCGAUGAAGGUUUUGUAGAUAUUAAAGAUAACGAAAUUAAGGAAACAUCAUUAUUAGAUAAAAUCAAACAUUUAAAGAAAAGUCCUAAAGCCCACGAUUAUGACAAAGCCAACGAUAAUUCGGUUAUACAUUCUGACGCUUUGCAAAACGAUUUAGAUUUUUUAGCUACUUUAGAAUUGCGAUCAAGUGAAGAAGACGAAAAACAAAAAGCUCUUAGAAAAGAAAUGAAAGAAAAGAAACGUAUACAACAACUACAACAAAUACAGGAAUUGCAAAUGCAACAGGAUGCCAUGCAGCAAGCAGAAUUAUUAAACAAACUUAAAGAAGAAAAAAAGCAUAAAAGUGAUGAUAAGAAAAAAGAAUCAAUAAGGGAUAAACGCAUGUCAACUGAUCGCAAGAGCAAAGACGAGAAAAAUGAACACAAGCGUAAUAAGCAUCGCAAACCAAUCCACAGUACAGAUAGUUCUGAUUCUGAUGAACCUAAAAAGCAUUCUAUCUUUGACAUUGUUGAUGAUGGACCUACCUACAUAUCAAUGUACGAUAAAGUUAAAGCUCGUUCUUGUAAAAAUAUGCAAAAGCAAGAAGAAGAAAAACGACAAGAGAAGAUUAAAGCUAAAUUUUGUCAAUUAAAGCAAAGUAGAGCCAAACGGGAAGAAAAGAAAAGAUCAAGCUGGGAUGAAGACAGUGAUUCAGAUCAUGAUAGAAGAAAGUCGUUUAAAAACUCGAUGGAUAGUUCUUCAGAAGAUGAACAAAUCGCUCACAAGAAACGCGAAAAGUCUCAAACUUGCUUAGACUACAACCGUGUUAAGUCCGUUGAUUAUUUCAAUGGCCCCACCACUGAAGACGAAUGUCGCAAUAAGCUUUCUCGAAAAAAUUCUCGAACUCGCAUUAUGUCUGAUACUUCGGAUGAUGACAGUUCUAGAAGAAAUUUUACUAGAAGUCCUCAGUAUGCUCCUAAAAUAAAGAAAGAAGUCCUUUCUGAUUCUGAGUCUCUUAUCGGUACUAAGGAUACUAAUAACCCUCUAAAAGAACUAAAUGAUGACAAUAUAAAGAAAACAUCCCUUAUCAACCUUUUCGGAAAAUCUGAUUCAGAUGAUCACAAAGUAAAAUCCCAAGAGGCCAAUGAUGUAGAUUAUAAGGUUCAUAAUUUAAAAACAAUUUCUAACGAUCUUUCAUCUGAAUCUGAGUCAAUUAGUUCUAACCGAAAUAUAUCAGAGAAUCGAAAGAAGCAUAAGAAAAAGCAAAAGAGGCAUAAAUCGUCAUUUUCGGAUGAAGAAGCGAAAUUGGAUAGUAAUAAUGAAUUAGAUGGCGACGUUAGGUACAAAAAUACAGAAAAGGUAAGGCGCCAUACUGCUAAAAAGGAAAAACGGAGAGACAAGAUACGCGAUAGCGUAGAUACUGAUGAAGCUCAAUUAAGGGAUGAAAAACCAAAACACAAAAAGGAUAAAAAGUCACCAAAUCACUCUUUUGAACUUCAAGAAUUGUGUCCAAAUGCUAAAAAAGAUGGAAAAAUGGAAGAUAUUUUUGGACCUUUAUCCGAUGAGUCAGAUAAAGAAAGUCGCAGUCGCAAAUCUUCUGGCAACAAAUUAGAAUAUUUAUCGCAAGGUUUAGAAUCCAUUAAUGUCCAAUAUGACAAAUCAAAUUCUUUAAUAAAUACAGAAGAACAUAAAGGAACGGAUAAAGACGAUAACAAACGAAGGAGAGAUAAGAGGCGAAAAGAUAGAAAAUUCUUGAAUAAAGAUGAUGAUAAUAGUCUAGACGUAGAUGCUGUUAGUAAAGCAAUUGAAGCUAGGUUAUUUGCGGAUUCACUAAGCUUUGAUGAUAACCGAGCAAAAACGGGUUUAUACGAAAAUCAAGCUUCCCCUGAACAAAGUGAUCACAAAUUUGAUGAAAUUACUGCUAAAAGUGAUUAUUCGAAGUCAAACGAAAGGCAUUAUGAGAAGUUCAAAAAAGAAUUUAAAGAUAGAGAAAAAAGGAAAAAGAGAAAGAAGAAUAAAGAAGACCGACAGCACCGCCGUGAACAUCACCACUUUCAUCAUCACGAUAAAAGCAAGGCGGAAGAAGUUGUCACUGUUGGACAACACGAGCAGAUGCCUAAAACGUUGCUUAAAGAUAUACCAUUACCUGCCGAGAUACAGAAAGUUGAAACCUCAGAUAAUUCAGAAGAUUCCAAGUUGGCCCUAGAAUCUCAGAGUUUGCCUCGAUUAACUGAUACACCUCCUAUGUUAGUACUAGAAGAUAGGAUCAAACACGAAUGUGACUCUAAUAAGAUUACGAUUGUUGAAACAGAGAACGAUAUCCAGCAUAUAAAGACUAUUGAAAUAAAAGAAAUUCCGAUGCCACCGCCGUACAAUAAUACAAUUGAAAAUAUUAGUGAAGUUCCCUUGCCUAAAGAUCCGCCCAAUAUUGAACACAAAAUAGAUAAUUAUAUUCCUGUUAUUGAAAUUGACGAUAACGAAACUGCAGUCCGCAGUAUUUCAAAUUUAGAAAAAGAAACAGAAAAACCUGUUGAAAAAGUUGAUACGCAUUGCAAAAUUGAUAAGAAACUAGAAGAAAAACCCAGAGCUAUCAUUUCACAAGAAGAAACGGAGGACGCUGUCGCCGCGUUGCUAGGUGAAAGUUUCGGUGGUAAAGAAAAUUCUUUUAAUAUUUGUUACGAAAAGGUUGAAAAUAGUAGUGUUCGCGAAAUUGAAAUUGAAAAUACAGCUAUAGAAAAUGACAAUAUUCCUGAAGAAGACGCAGAAGAAAUGAGACAAGCUGUGCAAAAUCUGAACGCCAGCGAAAUGGAAAUAAAGCCCGAUACCCCGGUUUCCGACAACGACUUGUUAUUGAUUGAUACCGACACAGAAGAGGCAGAAGAUACUAGCCAAGAUGCAAUUGAAAGAUUACCCGUGAAUAUAAUCGCCACCAAUCAAUCUCUGAAUAACAAUACUAAAGUUUGUACUUCUAAAUCAGAAGAAGUUUCUAAUGCAACACAUCAAAACAUCACAUCAAAACCAAAGAUAACUGUUGUUGCCUCUUGCAAGAAUUCUGAAACAGAUGACACUAAAAAUAAAGAAUCUAUUAUCACCUGCUCCUUGCCUAAAAAAGACACAACUAUGGAUCAGCCUACUUCCACUGCCACACCAGUGAUUACCUCGUGGACAUUAUCUAAUAACAAAUUAAUAGAACCACAGCUAUUAAAUAUAUCUUCCAGUCCAUCACCGUGUAGAGAUACAAAUGACAAGAAACCAACGAAUAUACCUGCCAACAUUGUUUCAAUUAAGACGUCAACUAAUCAAGUUAAUAACUCAUCGAAACCAGUCCUCAAUGCAACACGGGUUAGUGCUCCAUAUCAAGUUAUUAAUCACAUUCGUCCGCAGAUAGCGAAUAUGCAACCUCCUACAAUCAAGAUACCAGAGUCUCAUAUUCUUUAUCAAAAACAACAAGGCAUUGUAAUUUCACCUAGAACAAGCUGUGAUCCUCGAUUGACAAGUCCAAAAGCUAGCCCUCAAGGAGAUAAUGUAACAUCUCCAAGAUUAUCUAACAUGGCCAUUUUGAGCACAUCCCCUCAAAAUUUAAAUACUGUUGGUAUAAAAUCGCCCAAUACUCUGCAUCAAAGAUCUCCGAAUCAAGUUACUGUUGUGCGAAUGCAGCAACCUCCUUUAAGCCCAAUUCAAACGAUGCACAUCCCUGUUGGUGCACGGACAAUGGUAUCCCCUAGUCGGCCGAAUUCUGUUUUAGUUCAAACAGGAGCUCCUAUACAAUUGAAUCGUUUGCCAGUUGCUCCCGUGCUGACCCCUAUAUCAAAACAAGUCAGUGCAAGCAAUUUGUUUCAUCAAACUAAAACCAAUAACAUGAAUAGUUCGUCUGUAACGAAUCAGCCAGAAUGUAGAAAAAGUGAUAGCAGAAAUGUUCCAGAUAAUAUUGCUGAAAAUACAAAAAUAAUUCUAUCACCCACGCGGAUUCAGCCAAAUGCUACAGUUUUGACACCGAAUCGUAUUAUUUCGAUGCAAAAUGCGAUGCACGCUGGAAGUAUAAACCCAACUUUGCAGAUACCCAAUAAAAUAAUGAUCAAUAAAAGUCCAGUGACUGAUAAGCAAGAAUUUCAAGGUCAAAAAUCUGAGCAUAGUAACAUUAGCUUUAACAACAAACCUAUAAUACAUGUGGCUAAUGUUAGCCAUCCAGGUGCAUCUAUCAUCCAGAGUGGAUCAAAACCAGUCAUGUGCACAAUUCAGGAAGCAAACUCUAUCAGUAGAGGACAGGGUUCGAACGUUAUACAUACUCUGAAUUCUCAAAGGAUGUUAACAUCUUUAAAUAAUGUGAUACAGUUGGAUUCAAAUAAAAUUCCAGCAUCUGUUCUAUCUGUUGCUGCUAUCAGACCAUCGACUGUUCUUACAAAAACUGACAGUAAAAACUGUACAGCUACUACAACGCCUAGUCUUACAAAUGUUGUUAUGACGCCAUUAAUAUUAACGACGACGACAGGUGCGAAAACACCCAUAAGAAUCAAUCUAAAAAACGAUACGGACCACCUGGAACACAGUUUUGGAAUAUCAUUAAAACAUAAUGUUUCACAUGACAAAGAGAAUGUUAUUACUGAACAAAAAGAUUUCGUUUUUUCUAAUCAAAGUGGGUUCGACAAAGAACCUCUUAAGAAGUCUGCAACGGCAACAGUAGAAGGUGAAGGCGGCAACAAAUGUGAAACAGAUUUUGAAGAAUUAUUAAAAGAUAACACAAAUGAAAUCAAGGUUACAAACGAUCCCGAAAAGAAACUUGAAAUCAAUGUCGGAAAAACAGUUACAUUAAUCUCGCAUUGCAGGGAAAGAAAAAACAGUGAAAACGUUCCUGAGAGAGAAGAGAGUACAAAUGUUUCUACGCUAAACGAAUGUAAUGAAAAUAGUGUAGUAAGUAACAACCAAACUGAUAAAGCAAUUAGGCAAAACGAUAACACAGAUAUAUUGAAUAUGGCUAAAGAUUCUUUUAAUAAGAUAAGCGAAGAUUCUGAAACUAAAGAAAAUGUAGAAGGAAGGGAAACAACUAGUAGUUUUACGGUAAAUAGUGUAAUAUCUGAACCUGAAAAAGUCACCCAACCAGAAACAAAAUCGAAUAAAGAAAAUACUUUUGUUUACUCUAGUAUGCUAUUAAUUGAAAAUGAAAGUGAAAGCCAAACAAAAAGCCUAGACGAAAAUGAUUAUUGGUCAGCUAAGGACAUAAAUAUAGAAUCGGUAAUUAAAAAAGUUGAUUCCUUGUGUAACGACAACAUUGAAUUAAAUGAGAAAAGAAAUGAUUUUAAAACAAAUACAACAGAAGUCAUUACGUCAGUUCUAACAUAUCCCGUUAUUUCUAACAAUUGUGACAAAGAGUCAACCAAAUCGCUGGAAACAGAAAAUGAAAACAUACUUAAUAAUCAAUUUGAAGAUGUUAUUGUUGAAAAACCAAUUACACCCACCAGUAAAAGAGGGGGUCGGAGUGUUAGAGGCAAGAGAGGCGAACGAAAGCAAGACAGAGUACAGACACGGCAAAUUACGAAACCCACUCGAGGAACUGGCUCAGGCAAACGCGGCCGAGGUCGAGCAAAAGUUGAUAAAAAAAUCAAAAGUUUAGUGAACAGUACUGUGAAUAAUAUUCCCGGAGAUGUCUAUGACUUUCACGAAGAUUCUGGUGAUGAAACAGCUACAUCACCAAAUAAAAAUGAAACAAGACCUAGGCUCAUUCUCACAAUCAAAAGUCCUUUAUCUGGCCAAUCUAAUGUCAUCGCUUCAUCGACACUCAGCAUUACAACUAAAGAUCAGGAAGACCGAAUUAAGAAUAGCGAUAAAAGUAACAAAGAUGAAAAAGCUGAAAGCUUUGCAUCUCCCUCGCCUAACACUAGAAAAUCAAGAAGGUUGCAAGAAAAAGAUGUUCAGCGUAUCAAUGUAUUCGAUGUAAUAGAUGACGCAAUUAAAGGCCUUUUGCAAACCAAAACUAAGGAAAGUCCUAAAAGGCGGCAAACACGGCAAGCACUUCCAAAGGCCGAUAAGGCACAAAACGUGGACACAAGAAAAUCACCAAGAGGUAUUAAAAGAACCAGGGAUAGAAGCUUGUCGGAUGCAUCUAUGGACAGUUGUGAUGAGAAAUUGAAAAAAGAGGAAACUACUAGAGACACUAAAAUCCAAAAAUUGACAGAGACACCCAUUGUUACCAAGCCCGUAUCAGAGCCAGCCCAAGUUAUAAGAUCUGCACCGUCAUUGGUUAUCACUCAGACGCCGAAUCCGAUCGCGACAUCGACACCGGCACCGGCACCGGCACCGGCACCGGCACCGGCACCGGCACCGGCACCGGCACCGGCACCGGCAUCGGCACCGGCACCGGCACCGGCACCGGCAACGGUAACGGCACCGGCAACGACACCGGCAACGACACCGGCAACGACACCGGCACCGACAGUGACACCGGCACCGACCCAGACACCGACAUCCAUGCCGACACCCACACCUUUUAUGAAACCGCCAAAGAAAAUGAUAUCUGAAAUCAGUGCCAAGUUAGCGAGCGCCUCGGCGUCUGCCACUACUAUAAUGGGCGCCACUUCCCCCACUGUAGCCGGCGUACCGGGAGUGCCCGGAGUGGCCGGCGUACCCGGCGUGGCUGGUGUGCCCGGCGUGUCCGGUGUCCCGGAGCGAGGUGCCCAACACCAGGCGGACAGGGCGCCAGUAGAGGCCGACAAGCAGGGAAUACCUCUGCGGGAACCCCGAAAUCCUGACUACGUAUCCGCCACCGGAGAGCCAAAUGACGCGAGACUCGUGCGGCGCCUGGUGGACAAUGUGCCCGGCAAUAUGAUGCCUGUCGGCGCUACGGAGGCCACCGAUGCCAGAGUGCAGUCGCCGGCGCUGCCGCAUAGACCGCCCUCUGCGCACCGCUCCUCCGACCGUGCUACCCCCGUUCUUGUCAGGGGUGGCGAGUGCGAGGCGGAGGUGCGUUGCAUGUCAGCCGCUGGUGGGGGCGUGGGAGGGGGCGCGGGCGCUGGCUCGGUUGCCGGUCCGGGGGUGGGCGUGUGCGCGGUUGCGGGUGCGGGCGGCGUGGCGGGGGGGGGCGGGCCGCGAAUACGCGCGUACGCCGGCGCCGCCAGCCUGCCGCGAGGCGCGCACCUGCCGCCGCCACCGCACCACGCGAAGCCGCUCGCCGCCAUCGGGCCACAGCACCACCCGCAGCACCAACACCUGCAGCAUCAACCACAUCACCAGCACCACCAGCACAUCCAGCACCAUCACACCGGACCAGCGGCUCGGGUCACCAUUACGAGCGUGCCGUCUAUCAGUCCACAGGGCCAAAUGUCUCGUGGCGACGGAAUGUACCCUCACUUCUCUCAUCAACACUAUCAGAUGUAUCAACAACAUUUUCGCGCCACGCAACACGAAAGUCGUGUUCCACCUUCACCCUACACGAGGUCGCUGGAGGCGGAGGGCUCGGAGGCACCGACGCCGCCGCUGGAGCUGCGCCGGCCGCCGUCAGCCCGCGUGCCGCGCCCCACGCACUCGCCUGCGCACUCGCCCGCGCCCGCCGACCGCCUGCUCAUGUGCGAGCCGGGAUGCCGACCGCCGGCCGCGCACGCUUCGCACAACGCGCACCUGCCCGCCGCGCUGCCGCCGCCAGCCGCGCCCGGCCCGCCGCACGCCUCGCAGGUGCCGCACGAGGCUGACUCGCUGCAGAUGCUGCUCCGGCGCUAUCCAGUGCUGUGGCAGGGGCUGCUAGCGCUGAAGAACGACGCGGCAGCGGUGCAGAUGCACUUCGUGGGCGGGAACCCCGUGGUGGCGGGCGACACGCUCACCGAAGGCUGCACCCCGUUGUUGCGCAUCGCCCAGCGCAUGCGCCUCGAGCCCGCCCAGCUCGACCAGGUGCACCGCAAAAUGAAGCUGGAGAGCGAACACUGCAUCCUGCUGGCGCUGCCGUGCGGCCGCGAUCACAUGGAUGUGCUGCAGCAGUCCAAUAACCUCAGCAGCGGCUUCAUCACGUACCUGCAGCGCAAGCAGGCCGCCGGCAUCGUCAACGUUGCGCCGCCGGGACACCAGCAGGCCGUGUACACUGUACACAUAUUCCCAUCGUGCGACUUUGCAAAUGAAAAUCUGAAUCGCAUCGCACCGGACCUAAUGCACCGAGUCGCCGACAUCGCCCAUCUGCUCAUCGUUAUUGCCACCGUAUGAGGCGAGCGGCCCGGUGCCCGCACCCACACUGCGACCUGCGUCAGCCUGACGCGCGACCCCACUCUACGACUACGACUCGCGACACACGUGACACGCUGCCGUGACACACGUGACACGCUGUCGUGACACACGUGACACGCUGUCGUGACACACGUGACACGCUGUCGUGAAGCACGUGACGCGUCCUCUACGAGUACGGACUGUGACAUCGAGCUGUUGCUGAAGUUUAGAAGAGUACUUUAAUAAGCAUUGUAAAUAUGGCCAGGUUGUGAAAGUUCGUUUAAUUUGUUACGUUAGGCCAGCGACCUGGCGCGCGGCCGCUGUGGAAACGUUUGUCGCCUCGCCCCGCCUCGCCGGGGCCGCUAUAGUGACGUAAAGUUAGGAUAUUUAUUGUUAUUGCGCAGUGUGACGCGCACUCGCGCCACUUGUAAUACUAGAGGUAAGGUGUAGCUUUGUAAAAUACUUUUGUUACGGUCGACUGGGUUCGACCCUAUUCGGAGUUUAAAAUUUUUAAAGGUACAGUAAAAGUCAGUUAAUUAAAAAUAUAUUAAAUUUUGGGUUCCGAUUAGAUGAGUGGCGAUCUGUCGAGCAUUUUUAAUCGUUAGUGUAAAUUGUUAUUUUGUUUUAAGCGUCUAGCUCUAAAGUAAUUUAAAUUUUUGUAAAUAUCCAUAAUUAAAGGUCGAUUUAUAUAAUACUUAGAAUCGUUACGGUAGGUAAUGGUAACGAUAACUGGGUCGAAUGAUAACCGUUAAUUGUAAAAAAUAUAGUUAAGUGGUACGUUAAAAUAAGUAAAAUACACGUGGAAAAUAAACUGUGAUUCUGACUUUUUAAAGUAGGCUUGUAGUUAGUUGUAUGGAGUGUGAAUAAAGAGGUGCGCGGGCAGCGGGCAGCGGGCAGCGGGCGGUGGGCGCGACCGCCUCUACUGUUGCACACAACUAGUUGUCAUUCAUUAUCCUUACACUCAAUCAAAUAGCAUCCCUAAUAAUACUGUAAAUUGUAGUGUUCGUCGUGAACACAUUUCAUUUUCGAAUAACUAAUACUGUUUGUAGGACACACACUGUUCUUUUCCAUUCCAAUCGAAGUGCCGAUGGUCUUUGUUUUCGCAAACGCAACAUUUGUUUUUGCGUUGGCCUUGUAUCAUUUAGGAUCGUAUCGUGCAGAACAUUUCCUAUCGAUCAUUACGUCAUCGUCCGUUGUUUCGUUUGCCAAACAUUUCCACAGUGACAACAUUAUACCCGCUAAUUUUUCAUUCUAAUUAUUGUAAAUUUUAAUAAACUUCAAGAAAUGCAAAAACUAACAAUAUUGUACUUCUCAUAAAGUGUUGACUGUCUACAUCUGAUGUCUACUAACUAGUAAUACAAAUGUGCGCAAGUUCGAGCAAGUCCCGGCGCGGUAAAGACGUGCUCGAGGCGGGCGAUGUGAGCUUUUCGAUACAUAUCGGCGAUCGCUGCGGUGCGGCCUGCGUGCGGCCCGCUUGAAGAACUUCUGCGCUAGUUUUUGUCAUCAAUUUACAAAUUAUUUCCUUUUAUACAACAUAGGUUUCUUUUAUCUUAGUCAAGUUACAUAACAAGGUUAAAUUAAUAUAUUUGAACACCGGGAGCACGCUCACAUCGCCCGUCGUGAGCUACCGAAGCUCGUGAUGGCGUGUCGCGGUCUGGCGCGGCUUGUUGCCGACGGCAUACGUCAGUUCGCCUAGUAUAGUUGGUAAAUGUACGGUAAAUCUGUCGUGCGUGAAACAAAGUACAAAGUAUUCAUGUAUUGUAAUUUUAUAUGUACGGUAUAGAAAAUAACAACACAAAUAAUGUUAUGUAUAUUCUUUUUAGGAUUUAAUCUAUAGAUAUAAAAUAAUGAUAUUGUUUGUCAUGUUUCCGUCGCAAACGGUUCUCGACUUAGCUAGGAAGAGCACUAACGAACUCGUCACUUCGUCCAUUAAUUUUAACAUAAUUUUAUUACUAAAACUGAUGUGGAUACCCGAAUGUAAACUCUAUUUAUUAUUAUUUGGGUUCCUUAUAAAGGAUAGCGGUGUAAAUAAAUCGUCACAUAAUAGUGUUUCAGUAUUUAGACUCUUGUGGUUAUUACGGGAUAUAGACCGCGACUCGUGCGGUACCAAAAUGUAUAAAAUAUAUUUAUUGCGGUCGUCUCGCAUCGGUGUGAAAUAUGGUUUCCUCGUUUUGUCAAUUCGAACGCACCUAUGUAUAGGACAGCCGACUACCGUUUCUGGUUCUGGUCUUAUACAUAUUUGCAUUCGUAUAAUGUUUUACACUGUCUCAAAUGUCAAUUACUGGUCACAUUUACAUAUUUUCAUAAAAGUUUUCAUGUCUUAUGGCCAUAAUCAUGAAUAUUAUUCAAAACAUUAAUUAUUUUGUUCAAACGGGGUUAGCCGUAAAUGCAGAUAAGACAAGUUUACUAAUUAGCAAUAUGAGAAGUAUAAUAUAGUUUUGUUUCAAAUCGUUCUCGAAACUGAAGAUUACAAUAAUCCACAUCACUGUGUCUUGGUUGUUUUAAUGAAGAGACGGUAAAGUUAUAUUUAUAUUAUUAAGAUUGGGCAAUGUCAUCCUCUCAAUAACUUGUGUAAUUGUACUCGGGAAUAAGUUAUGGUGGGGAUGACGUUAACAGCGGCACGUUUGGGGGAGGCGGCCGAUGCCGGUGUGCAAGUUGAUAGAGUUUAAAUAAUUGUAAAAUUAACAUUUGAUCUCAAGUGUGCAGCAAAAGUGAGGUGAGCGCUAGAGUAGUUAUACCCACGGAGCAUAUACAGAGAGAAGCCGGCCUCGGUCACUUGGGUCUGCCAAAUACCUCGGUUAAUACAAAAUAAAUCACUGUUUUUUGUCCGUAAUUAAAUGGCAGUUACUUGAGCAAAUCCAAUAGAUUCUCUGUAUGUGCUCCGCGGAAAUAUCGCAUCGGCCGCAUCCCCGUGCCGCCGCUUUCAUUGAAUUUAAUUGUAGCAGAGAAUAAGAAAAUAAAAAAUAUUGUGAUCAUAUUUCUACUUUAAGUUUAAAAAGCUAGGACCUAGAUGUAAUUGUAUAUUUUGUACAUAUUGAAAAUAGUAUUGUAUCUUUACUCCCUUAUCCAAAAAGCCCAGACUCCUGCGUGUUAUGUACCUCCUACCUACCAAUACUAUUAAAAAAACAUUACACAAAA